GCAGAAGGGCGGCAGGUCGCGCCGGCAGCUGCUGUCACCGGCUGCGCUCCGCUCCCCGGUUCGGUGAUGGCGGCCACAGCGGCGGGGCUUCGCGCCUCUUACCACCGCCUGCUCGACCGCAUCGAGCUUAAGCUGCCUCCGCGGCUGCGGCCCAUCUACAACCACCCUGCAGGUCCCAAGACAGUGUUUUUCUGGGCACCUGUUAUGAAAUGGGGUUUGGUAUGUGCUGGAAUGGCAGAUAUGACAAGACCAGCAGAAAAAUUGAGCACAGCACAGUCUGCAGUGUUGACGGCUACAGGCCUUAUUUGGUCAAGAUACUCUCUAGUCAUCAUACCUAAAAACUGGGGCCUGUUUACCGUGAAUUUCUUUGUUGGCUGUGCUGGUGGUUCCCAGCUCUUUCGAAUAUGGAGGUAUAAUCAGGAACUAAAGGCAAAGGAACAAGAACAGCAGCAUCAGAAAGAAGCUUAACCCUACUGACUGAAUCCAGCCACACACACUUUCCAGUGGGACCCAGCUUGACUGGUUUUAAUCUUUUCUCUGUCAAGAGAAAACAUAACCUUUCUAAAUGUCUAGAGAACAAACAUUUCUAUCACUGGAGAUAAUAUGCAGUGCCUCUACAUAUUUACAUAAAAAUAUAACGUUUAAAUUAUAGUUGAUGUAACCAA